UUCGAUACAUACACGAGGCUUGGACUGAAUACAGAGGCGUCAUUGUUAUCCUUAGGCCGGGUAUCGGGAAGAAGAGCUCCAGAUUCUCUCACGAGUCUGUGAUUGCUAAGCCCCACCAUCGACUUCCUGCCCAGCAGCAUACGUGAAUGCCCAGCCGGCAUUUUGACGCCCUUGGCGACAGUGAUAUUCUUUCGGCUCAGUCCAUAUAAGGGGACUAAGCACUCUGAGGCUGUCCGUUCUGCCCCCAUUCUGUCUCAGACGCUACAGCGACUCUAGACGGACACCAAAAUGAAGUGGACUUCGACCGUUGCGCUCGCCCUUCUGGCGCCUGCCAAUGCGCUGCUGCGAUUCCCCUGUGCGCAGCUCGUCAUUGACCGCCUGGAUCCGCUGGUCACUCCUGGCAUGGCGCCCUCUCCGCAUCUUCAUCAGAUUGUGGGAGGAAAUUCUUUCAAUGUGACCAUGGCGCCCAGCAAAGACAUGCCCACAGAAUCCACGUGUACUACGUGCCAGGUAUGCCUAGAUUUCAGUAACUACUGGACUGCUAUUCUUUACUUCAAGGCCAAAAAUGGCACCUACAAGCGCGUCCCCCAAAAGCAGAACGUUGGUUUCGAUGGCGUGCAAGGUGGCAUGACGGUGUAUUACAUGCAGGAUGGCCUAUACAACUUCCAGCAAACUUCUAAAGUUACGGCCUUUAAGCCAGGCUUCCGCAUGUACAUUGGCGACGUCAAUGCACGAACAAAGGAGCAGGCAGAGCGCUUCAGACAGCUCACCUUCACUUGUCUUCAAGAUAUGAAUACACGCGACCCCCAGACGCUGGAGUUCCCCACGCAACCUUGCCCCGCUGGUAUCAUGACGGCAGUCCGAUUCCCAACCUGCUGGGAUGGCAAGAAUCUUGACUCGCCUGACCAUAUGUCUCAUAUGGCAUAUCCCGAGUACGGCACCUUUGAGUCUGGCGGCCCAUGCCCAGCAUCCCACCCCGUGCGCAUGCCUCAGCUCUUCUACGAGGUGAUCUGGGAGACCAAGCAGUUCAACAACAAGGCCGACUGGCCUUCCGAUGGCACUCAGCCGUUUGUCUGGAGCUUUGGCGAUGGAACUGGUUAUGCCAAUCACGGCGACUACGUCUUCGGCUGGAAAGAUGACUCCCUCCAGCGCGCCAUGGACAGCCCGUGCUACCAGAACUGCCCGACGCUCCAGACGCAGAACGCGGCCGCUAUGAACGCGUGCAAGAAGGACCGCGUUGUGCGAGAGGAGGUUGAUGCCUGGGUCAAUGAACUUCCCGGUGGCCACAUGCCCGAGUACAUCAAGAAGAGGUGGGAUUAGAGUCGGCCAAGGAAUGCGUUUCGAGACAGAUACACUCGUUCCCGCAUAACCGUGUCUUCUAAUUCAUAUCAUUCGCUCUUUGAGAAGGACGUGGGGUAAUAUGAUAAC